AUGUUCCAACGCACCAUCCUUAGACAGGCUCAGGCCGCCCGCUCCAUCCUCCCCACCUCCCCAUCCACCGCAUCGCUGGCGCUGCGACGGACAACACAACAGCGUCUGCCCGCUCUCCGGCCAUUCGCGCCCCAGACUUCCCGCUUCUUCUCCACGGAGAAGGAGACCAAGGAAGGUGAGAAUGCUGAGGCCGAGGCUGAGAACACCGACGCCAAGAAGCUCGAGGCCAAGGAGCGCGAAGUCAUUGAAUUGAAGGACAAGUACCUUCGUCAAGUCGCCGAGUCCCGCAACCAGAUCGAGCGCAACAAGCGCGACAUGGAUGCUGCUCGCAAGUUCGCUAUCCAGGGCUUCUCCAAGGAUCUCCUUGACAGCAUUGACAACCUUGACCGUGCGCUCCUGGCUGUGCCCAAGGACCAGCUGUCUGCCCCCAAGACCGAGGAGAACAAGUCUCUCCACGAGCUUGUCGAGGGUCUUGAGAUGACCCAGCGCAUUCUCCUCAGCACCCUUGAGAAGCACGGCCUCGAGCGCUUCGACCCCGCCGAGCUCGUCGAGGGCAAGGCCCAGAAGUUCGAUGCCAACCUCAUGGAAGCCACUUUCAUGGCUCCUUCCCCCCAGCACGAGGACGGUGAUGUUAUGUACGUCCAGAGCAAGGGUUUCCGCCUUAACGGCCGUGUUCUGCGGGCUGCCAAGGUCGGUGUCGUCAAGAACGCCUAA